AUGUCUCCACUCGUCUCCAGAUGCACGCAGGAGGCUGCGAAGGUGGCUCAGCUGCUGGCCCUGAGGGAGCCGCCCGCGGACGCGCUGGAACAGGACAGCACCUUCCUGAUCUCCCUUGAGGAUGGGGCAACCAUCCGCUGGACCAAAAGGCCUGAUGGCACCUGGCGCAAGCCCGAGCACCGUCGCGCCGGCUGGGUGGGCGACCUUGAGCAGGCAAAGUAUGUGCCGCCAACCGUCCGGCUCCUGGAGGAUGCGGGCAUCUCUGGCGAGACCCGGGCCUCCCUGCGGUGUCUCGAUGCGGAUUACGACCGGGACAUCCCCCUCCGCAGUCCUGGCUAUCCAAAUGGGCAGAAGGCGCCUGCACCUGCGAUGCAGGAACGGCGGGUCAUGCAGGCCGACAAGGUCAAUGACAGGUUCAGCGAGAGCGACAAGGGUUCAGCGGAGGCUAAGGCCAAGAGCAAGGGUGCCAAGGCCAAACCGCGACCAGGUCCCCAGCGCCGCGGCUCGAAGGAGCAAGACGAGAUGGACCGCAAAGUCGACAUGGAACUUCUUCCCGCCUUGACGAGGCUGUGCGUGGCCAAUCGGUGGCAGUGA